AUGAUGGAUUUUGUCAUAUAUUUCAAUUCUCAUCUUCUUAAAAUAAGAAAGAUUUUAAUCUUAUGUAAUGAAGAAUUAUAUUCUCAAUAUGUUAAAGAGUUCCCUAAUGCAUUUGCUGAUAAACCAAUGGAUCCUGAACUGAUUGAAAAGAGAUUGGAGACUUUGAAUAAGAAUUCUUACUAUUGGUAUGAAUAUUUUGGAAAUUGUUUGGCUAGUUUUUUGGAUACUAUAAGAAUCUACGGUGGAACUAAACAUCGAGAAUUACUUAUUUUGAGUAAUAGAUUAGAACAAAGUUAUCCUGAAUAG